AUGAUAUUCGAGCCGGCUUUCCCAGCAUUCAUUCAAGCGCUCAACCCCGUGGCAGAAGCAUAUCGGGAGCUCAUCCUCGAUAUUUCGGGUCCCAAUGAGCUUCAUGAAGCAGCCAGCAAUGUUCUACCACAUCUCCUCAAACAUCAUAAGCCCGAAAUCAUUAAAAGAAAGGUUGAUGAACUGAACCGUAUCCUUCACAAACACUUGGACUUCUUCUCCGUGUCUCUAGAUGGCGAAAAUGGAGACUAG